UCUCAGUAUGUGUAGAUUUCGUGUGGAGUGUGGCGUGGCGCGGGCUUUAGUUUGUUAGUUUUGUCACAAUCAAAGCAAAGACAGUUCAUUUUUGGUUUUGUCAAAGUCAAAUAAAUCUGAAAAUUACCUAUUAUUAAGAUUAUAAAGAAAACAUUCGAAAACAAAUUCAUUUAUAAAAUCCGAAAUAUAAAUUGAAAUGAUUGUUUUGUUUCCAAUUAUAUAGUUUACUUGGAUGGAAUAAGUAUAUAAGCUCGAUAAUAAAAUGGAUUUAAUAGUAGAUAGUCUGGAUUUUAUUAAAGUAGGAAAUGCUAGAGGCUCAAUAGAAAAUAUCACUCCUCACAAAAUCGCCGUUGUCGCAUUUAUCAGGGAAUAUGGACUGCUAAAAAUAGAAGCAAAAGAAAUGACUGACUGUAUUAUGGCACCAAAAUAUCGUAAGGACUUCUGUAUAUUGGCCCUUAAGCUAAUUCAGUGUCCAGAUAUGGAGUUCAAGGAAUUGGAGGCCCUUCUCACUGAUGGCCGUUACAACUUGUUAAGUGUACACUUGCAAAAUUUUUGUGUUCGCCUACAAAAUAUUUAUGCUAACGGAAUUAGUGCUCUCAAAGAUUGUGUGACUUCAACAAUAGAUAAACUAAUGAUUGAGCAAAGUGAAACAAACCCAUGCAUCAUUACCAGAUAUAGUGUAUUAGGCUUUUAUUUGAGAAGAAUAAUGUUAUACCUUGACAAACUUUCAUUUAACCAAGUUGUGUCAUUGUAUAAAUCAUUUUGCUUAUAUUAUCAAAGAGGAAGGCCAGGGCUGAUGAUGCGGUCGUUAAGUAAAGAGAAAUUGAACAAUGUAGAAACCCAGGCGGCUGCCCCAUCAACAUCUCCUGUCUUAACAGAGGAGACCAAAUCUCAGGAAUUUUCUAUGAGAAUGAAUAUUGUUGAUAGAGAUAACAGCUUCGAGGAGGCUCAGUGGUCCCGCAAACAAGCAGAAUUGUUUAUAGCACAGCAAGCGAAUUUACUGCAAAUUAAUGAAAAGAAAGCGCUACCUCCUAAACAGCUUCAAAAAACUAUUAUACAGAUCAUGAAUGAUGUGCAUGAUUUGCCGGAAAUCCAUUUUCUUAGUUUCCUAAACUGUAUCCGAAUGAGGGAGUUCUGUGGCGCUCAGGAUUCUCUUUACCAUUGCUUCGACCGCACAGUGUUCAGUGUAUCGAACAACAACAAUAAUGUCCAUAAUAAUAAUCCAUGUAACGAUAAGAACAAGAAUAUUCGGUAUGCCGCUCUCAACAGAGCCGCAAUGCAUACUCAAUUUGGACAUAAGACGGUGGCAAUGGAGGGGGUGCGCGAGGCGCUGGCGGCGGCGCAGGAGGCGGGGGACGGGGCCUGCCUCGCGCACGCGGCGGCGUGGGGCGCGCUGGCGGGCGGCCGCGCGCUGCGGGACGCGCUGCUGGCGCGCGCGCCCCGCCUGCCCCGCGCCCCGCGGCAGGCCUCCGCCGCGGCGCAGCUGCUGGCGCAGCACGCGGCUGUCAACGGCGCCAAGCCCGCUGAUGUCUUUCAGAUUAUAACUAAAGGGGACACCAUAAAUUACCUGCAUUCUAUGACUGAUCUGACGAUGGCUGGUUUAGCAAAUACUGCUGCUCUUUGGUCCUUAUAUGGAAAAACUGAAAUGGCAUCAGUGAAUUGUCAGUUAUUGCUUAAUUUAAAUACAAAAAACAAGUCCGGGUCGGGCAGCCUGGGCCGGUCGGGGUCGGUGCGGCAGUGGCCGGCGGCGGGCAGCGCGUGCGGCGCGGGCGCGGCGAUGGCGGCGUGCUGGCGCGCGCAGCCCGCUCUCGCGCACGCGCUCGCGCACCACGCGCGCGCGCGCGGCGACGCGCACCACGUGCUCGACGCGCACGUCGGACGCUGUCACGCGCAACAGGCGCUGCAGGCUGGCAAAUGGGAAGAAGCAGAUCAAAGUAUAAAAAGGUUGGCGUCAUUGGACCGAUGGGAAAGUCAACUUUUGAAAGCUGAGAUGUUCUUUUUGAAAGGGGAUUCGACAGAGUCGUUACGGUCACUUCACGACGUGCUAGACUACUGCAAAACAGAAGAUGACAGUUUGCACUACAUAUCUCUACGAUUGAAAGCUAUGAUAUUGAUGUCGCAAGUUCAACAUACUUUCAGCAGCAUACAAUCAACGAACAUCAUGAUUCUCAAUGAAGCACUCUCAUUGGCAAAGAAAUAUCAUUUGCACUAUUUAGCUGCUACAGCAGAAAUGCAUAUUGCAAAUGUGCAAUUGCAUAGUGGUUGUGCUAAGAAUGCUUUAGUUCUCGUAAGAAAAGUUUUGCCAACAAUAAUGGCGCAUGGCAGUGCGUACGAUAUCGCGAGAUCCCUGCUGUUGUACACGAAAUGUCGCAUUGCGUCGGCGCCAGUCGCCGGGGAAUCCCGUGUUCAAGUCCUGCAGUCAUGUUGUGAAGCGUUGGACUUUGUCAAGAAGAAUUUCGCGAAAGUUGGUGCCAAUGCUAGGUUAUUGCAGACGUGGUACUUACAGGCACAAUUAUUUCACGACAUGGGAAACCAUGCUGCUAGAAACCAAUGCGCAUGGAUGUACAGACAGUUGGAAACGCAGAAUCCAGUACUGCCAUCAAAUAUGCUGCUAAUUAUGUUCUAAAAUGUUUAUCAGGUUUAGUCAAUAAAUACUGAAGUUCA